AUGCUCCUACAGGACACCAGUCAAGCCACAGUGAAUGGGGCAGAAAUGCUUCAGGUUUCCCAGUUCCAGCUAGAAAGCAACUCUGGCGCAGUUCCGCUACAGUGCCCAAAAGGGAAUUCCCCAGAUGUUUUAAAACUACAGCCUCCAUGGUUCUUUGCCAUUCUAAAGGCAUUUAAUGCAUCAUCUAAAGGCAUGCAAAGCAUCAAGAUGGUAACUCUGAACGUUAUCAACCAGACGAGAGUGAAUUUGUCUGUGAUUAUUGACACUGUGGAUUUGGAAAUGAAGUUUUCAAAAAGUACAAAUAUCCUGAUAAUGACGCUGGUUUCCUUAGUUAUAUUUCUCACAGUUUCUGGUAAUUUUCUUGUGAUGUUUGCUUUCAUUACAGACAAGAGGCUCAGAACUCAGAGCAAUUUCUUCCUAUUAAAUCUGGCUAUUUGUGAUUUUUAUAUUGGGGCUUUCUCCACACCUUUAUAUUUACCAUAUAUGCUCACUGGGAAGUGGAUGCCAGGAAAGAUCGUCUGCAAACUCUGGUUAACAAUCGAUUAUACCCUGUGUACGGCAUCAGCAUUUAAUGUUGUACUUAUCAGCUAUGACAGGUUUCUUUCUGUAACCAAAGCAGUGCUGUAUCGUUCCCAACAGAACAGACACAGUCAUACUGUCCGUAAAAUGGCCACUGUCUGGAUACUCUCUUUCCUGCUCUAUGGCCCAGCCAUUCUCUUCUGGGACAAAAUAUUUGGAGGAAAUCAUUUUCCUGAUGACAUUUGUGUGGCUGAUUUUUUUGACACUUGGUAUUUUAAUUUUGGAACAUCAAUUUUCGAUUUUGUUCUUCCUCUGAUCGGAAUCUCAUUCUUUAACCUGAGUAUCUACUGGAACAUUAAAGCACGCAGUAAAAAGAAGAGAAAUUCUUCAGCCCCUCAAGACAAUCAGAAAAGUCCAUACGUUAUAGAAACUAACACGGUCCUCUUUGCUCAAUCUUUGCAACAGAAUGAGCAUGUUUGUGUUUCUUAUAGGAAGAGAAUUGAACAAUUUUAUAUUAGAUUUAAGGGCCUAUCCUCUUCUCCAACCAACAACAGAUUAAAUUCACAUGAUGUUCAAACUAUUCAGCUUUCUAGGGACAAGAAAGUUGCAAAAUCUCUUUUAAUUCUGGUUUGUGUUUUUACAAUUUGUUGGGCUCCAUACUCAUUUCUGAUAACUAUAGGUAAAGUAUGUGAUGGUUAUUGUAUAGAUUCCUACUGGUAUGAGUCAACAUUGUGGCUGUUAUACACAAAUUCUGCAAUUAACCCAAUCCUCUAUCCUUUGUGCCACAAAAGUUUUAGAAAUGCCUUCCUCAUGAUGUUUAAAAUGUGUCUAAAGAAUUGUCACUAG